UUAUCACGUAUAAUAGGACGUAAAGUUGUAGGUCAAGUGUUUGGUACUGCGGUUAGUCCGUCAUGGUGAUCUUACAUGUGGCUGAACGAGGGUAUUGCUACGUUGUUCGGCGUGUACAUAAUCAAUCAGACUAUGCCAGAUACUCGGAUGUUGGAUUUGUUCGUAGUCCAAACUCAACAAGAGUCUCUCCGUCUAGAUGAUUCACAAAUUAUGAAACCUCUUGAUUCAGAAGUUAACAGUAUCUCUGAAAUUAAUUCUCUUUUCUCUUUCACCUAUUACAUAAAAGGUAUACAGUACUGAAUAAAUAACGUUAAAACAAUUAAAACAUUUAAAAUUAUUUAAGAACUAUGCCAAAAAAAA